AUGCAGCAACUUGCCCAGUACUGGAAUGAGUGUUUGAAAAUUGCUGAAGAAGAAAAAGCGGAAGCAAAUGAAGAAAUUGAGCGGCUACAAAUCGAGAUGAGAAGUCAAUCCCGGAAGCUCGAGGAGGCGCGGCUUCGCCUAGGUCAAAAAGAGGUGCAAGUAAAUGAGCUCGAGUCUCAAAAUGCAGAACUGAAAGAGCACGACGAUGGCACUAUCAGUCAAAAUGCCAAGUUGACCGAGGAAGUAGAUGAGCUACGCAAGGAACUAUCAGAUUCCAACACUAAGAUCUCUCAUCUGGGAGAAAAGUGCAAAUCAUUCAAGGAUAAAAUAAAUGAAGUGUUAACAGAGCAGCAGACUCUAUAUGGACAAGUUGAAGCUUCUUUUCAAGCCGCUGUCACAGAACUUGAACGAGAAAAGGCCAAGCGUGAAACUGAUGUCAAAGAAAUCGACAGCGCUCUCGAUCUCUGCGAGAAGAAAAGGGAAGAGAUGAAGAGAGAAUUCGAUGAUAUACAUGCUCGAGAUCAAUAUGAGAUUCAACAAAGCAAACAAACGAUUUCGCUCCUCACGAAUGAGAUAAAAGCCCAGCACGAAGAGGCCAUGGCACGAGAAAAGGAUUUGGCUGAGAACCUACGAAGGCAAAACGAUAUACAGUAUCAAAAUGGGCAGGAGAAGCUGCAACAUGUGGAAUCUAAAGUUGAUCUCGUUCUUGACGCCUGUAGACAACGUUUCCAGAAGGAAAAUGAAAACAGUGCGCCAAUUGCUUCCAUCUCAGACAAGAUCGAUCUUGUCGUAGAUGUCAUCGGAUCUACACCUAGCCAAAACCAGCAAAAACUAUUUGAGACCAUGAGAUCCGCCAUCGAACCAAUUGCACAAGAGCUUGAAACCCGAAUUGUGUCCCAAAUAGAUGGAGAGUUCUCCAAGUAUGAUGAGCUUGAGAAAACUAUUUCCAAGUUUGCACAAGCCUUUCAAGGCGAGCUCGCCAACAUUACAAAGGCCAUAUCUUGGCAGCUUGAAGCGAGGGUUGAGCAAACAUCUAACACUGACCAUUUACACAAUACAAUUGUCGAAUACCUCAAAGAUAUGAAAGACGGAAUGAAUUACACUAAGGAACUGUGCGAGGGUACACGGAACGUUCAGCAUGAACUAAACCAAGUCGUGCAUAAUGCUUUGUUAUCUACCACUGAAUCGGAGAGAGAUUGCCUUACGAGAAAGAUCGAAGAGAGAGAUUUGAAGAUAAACGAUCUCUGGCAGCAACUCAUUUCUCUAAAAGACGAUCAUUCUGCCAAAUUGGAGGCUUUUAACACCAAGGAGACGGCACAGGAACAGACAAUCAUCACACAACUAUUCAGGGACAAUCUACAUCACAUCGGCCAAAGCUUACAACAAGAAUUUGAAAGAGAGAGACAAGAGUUUUCUGAAAAGAUGAGUCAUGGUGAAAAAGCAAACGAAAAUCUUCGAGCACAAAUCCAAGAAGCAAUCAGCAAGAUUAUUGAGCUGAAAGUGUCAGGAUCUCCAGAUGCAGAGAAGUUGGAGGAGGAGCUCCAGGGGGAAAGGCAUUCAGUUGCCUCGCUGACUCGCAAGAUUGGUAAUUUGGAGCAGGAACUUAAAAACACUGAAAUGAUUCGAGGUCAAUGGCACCAGGGUCUCACAUCAGUCAAUACCUUCAGAGCUAAGCUCGAGGCGGUUGCGCAGCGUCUGCCAAAAGUCGAGGCAAUAGCCGCAAAAUUGAACGGAAUCACACGCCUGAACGAAGUUAUAGACUCAACUUCGAGAUUUUUCGAUGCUGAAAAGCAAUGGCUCAAAACAGAGCUGUCUGGAAGAAGCAAAGUUGGAGAAUCGAAUCCUGACGAUCAGCUUGGCUCUAACAUGAUCAUUUCUUCGGCUUCUCAAGAUCCAAUCUUGAAACUCAACAGCCUUGCAUUUCCGCCAGAACUUUUACCAACUAGUCGAAAAGUGGAGAGUUUGAUCGAAGAAAACUUGCAUGCAGAAGAUGCAUCACGCCGGAAAGUGCUGGUUUACAGCCCGACUGGUGACUCUGAGUCUCCGUCACCCCCUCCAUCAAUUGGCCAAGAACAAAAGCGCCGGCGAGAGGCUGUAAGGCCACGGUCCAUUCUUAGGUCUUCGAAGGAACUUUUACAGAAAAUGCAAGCUUCCCAAAGGAGCGAGUUCCGCGGCAACCCCAUGCAUGGUAGCCAAUUCAAUCGCCCAGUGGUGGCGGAUACUACACCAGGAUGUGGGAACGAUAUGGCAAAUAAAAUAAUAAACGACCUUCAAUCGACUUUAGCUCCUCCACCCCGCUUCCAACAUGGUUGGGAGUUUCCUACCGUAGCUGAAUUUGAAGAGUCUGUUCGGCUCGGCAGCCGGAAGCGUGAAUGCGAAUUUGAAGUCUGCGACAACUUUGAAGAUCACAACAAGAAGAUAAAGGGGAACAACACAGUCAUAUCUUCUGAAUCCGAUCGUCCCGGGAAUGUGACAGUCUCGCCACAAAUUUGA